UGGAGGCGUCGCUGAAAACAUUCACCCGUUCACCACAUACACACACCACCAGGAACCCAUUUCACAAUAAACCGAGAAGGCGACAAACAGUCCCGGUCAACUCAGUUCAUAACGUUUUUUUUCCUCACAUCGCAAUGAAAUGAGGGGAGCAUGGGGGCCAAAGAGUCGAGGAUAGGAUUCCUGUCGUAUGACGAGGCCGUCAAGAGAGUCACUGAUGUGGAAUUGAAGCGGCUGAAAGAUGCCUUCAAGAGAACCAGUGGCAUCACCUAUUACAUGACCCAGCAGUGCUUCUACAGGGAAGUGCUGGGAGAUGGAGUACCCCAUAAAGUUGCAGAGGUGAUCUACACCUCGUUUGGAGGCACGUCCAAAGGGCUGCACUUCAACAAUCUGAUCGUGGGUCUGGUGCUUCUGACCCGAGGACGCGAUGAGGAGAAGGCCAAGUACCUCUUCAGCCUGUUCGCCAGCGAUCUGGGCGGAUACGCUGCAAGGGAAGAUAUAGAAGCAGUUCUGCAGAUCCUGGAUGGAGAAGUCCCAGCCUCCCUCAAGAAGUGCUUCAGUGAGGGUGACAAGGUGAACUAUGAGCGCUUCAGAAACUGGCUCCUACAGAACAAGGAGGCCUUCACUUUGUCCAGAUGGCUUCUGUCUGGAGGAGUGUGUGUCACACUCACGGAUGACAGCGACACACCCACCUUCUACCAGACUCUGGCAGGCGUCACACACUUGGAGGAGUCAGAUAUCAUAGACUUGGAGAAGCGCUACUGGCUGCUGAAAGCCCAGUCCAGAACCGGCCGCUUUGACUUGGAAACCUUUGUCCCUCUUGUUUCUCCUCCCAUCCAUGCCUCACUGAGUGAAGGCUUGUUUCACGCCUUCGAUGAGAAUCGGGACAAUCACAUCGACUUUAAAGAGAUCUCUUGUGGACUCUCAGCGUGCUGCAGGGGGCCUGUUGCUGAAAGGCAGAAAUUUUGCUUCAAAGUGUUUGAUGUGGACCGAGAUGGCAUUCUGUCUCGAGAUGAACUCCAUGAAAUGGUGGUGGCCUUGCUGGAGGUGUGGAAGGACAAUCGUACAGACACACUCCCUGAGCUGCAGAGUAGCGUGUCAGACAUAGUAGAGGGCAUCCUGAAGAUGCACGACACAACCAAGCUGGGUCACCUGACCCUGGAGGACUAUCAGAUCUGGAGUGUGAAGAGCGCUUUAGCCAAUGAGUUCUUAAACCUGCUUUUCCAGGUGUGCCACAUAGUCCUGGGGCUCAGGCCUGGUACUCCUGAGGAGGAGGGACAAAUCAUCAGGGGUUGGCUAGAGAGGGAGAGCAGACAUGGGCUGCAGCAAGGUCAGAACUGGUUCCUCAUCUCCAUGCUGUGGUGGCAGCAGUGGAAGGACUAUGUUAAAUACGGCAGUCCCUGCUGUUAUCUUCCUGUCCAGGAGCAUAAGGGCAUCGUGGUGGAGCAGCCGUCCAUCCUGAGCUCGUUGCGAACUCCCAUGGCCACGGCUACUAUAGAGCCCACCCCACCAGACAGACUGGGAGGACUGGGAACCUUCAGCCCUGUCAGCCCCACAGAGGAGAGGUCACCUGAUGCUGUGUCCAGCGCUUCGGAGGCUACAGAGACCGCAGCCCUGAGCCCCCAGGUAGCUCCCUCUGCCACAGAGAGCUGUUUUGCCCGUCAGCACAACGUAUCGGACAACAACAAUCAGUGUUUUUCUGGAGCCAACGGCCACCUCCCCUCCCAGCUGGCAGCACAAAGACCUGGAGCCAUCGACAACCAGCCUCUGGUCAACACUGACCCCAUGAAGGCCCCUACGUUAACCAUGGAGGGUGGCAGACUGAAGCGCUCCAUGCAGCUGGCGCCUGGUAGAGACUUUGAGACCGUGCCAGAGCCGGUGUGGCGGGCGCUCUACCACUGGUACGGUGCCAACCUCAGCCUGCCGCGACCGGUUAUCCUGGAGAGCAAGACAGGGCAACCAGAGCUGGAGCUCUUCCCCCGCUACCUCCUCUUCCUCCGCCAGCAGCCGGCCACACGCACCCCCCAGUCCAACAUCUGGGUCAAUAUGGGUAUGACCAGCCUGCGAAUGUUCCCACCGUAUUUGCCCCCACCAAGAGCAGGUAACGUGCCAUCCCCCAAUGCUCCUCUUAAGAGGGUGUUGGCCUACACAGGCUGCUUCAGCCGCAUGGGCACCAUCAAGGACAUCCAUCUAUACCUGUCCCAGAGACUACGCAUCAAGGAGGAGGACAUGAGACUCUGGCUGUACAACAGUGAGAACUACCUCACCCUCCUUGACGAUGAAGAUCACACACUGGAAAGCCUAAAGAUCCAUGAUGAGCAGCAGCUAGUUAUUGAAGUUAGGAACAAAGACAUGAGCUGGCCUGAGGAAAUGUCUUUCAUUGCCAACAGCAGUAAGAUGGACAGACACAAAGUUCCUACAGAGAAAGGAGCCACUGGACUCAGUAACCUUGGCAACACCUGCUUCAUGAACUCCAGUAUCCAGUGUGUGAGCAACACCAAGCCUCUCACUGACUACUUCAUCUCAGGGAGACACCUCUAUGAGCUCAACAGAACCAACCCCAUCGGGAUGCGAGGUCACAUGGCCAAGUGUUAUGGUGACCUGGUAAUGGAGUUGUGGAGCGGGACACAGAAGAACGUGGCUCCGCUCAAACUCCGGUGGACAAUAGCAAAGUACGCCCCGCGCUUUAAUGGCUUCCAGCAGCAGGACUCCCAGGAGCUGCUAGCCUUCCUGCUGGACGGCCUCCAUGAAGAUCUAAACAGAGUCCAUGAGAAACCCUACGUGGAGCUGAAGGACAGCGAUGGCCGGCCUGACUGGGAGGUGGCCUCUGAGGCGUGGGAGAACCACCUGCGUAGGAACCGCUCCAUCGUGGUGGAUCUGUUCCACGGUCAGCUCAAGUCCCAGGUGAAGUGUAAGACGUGCGGACACAUCAGUGCUCGUUUCGACCCCUUCAACUUCCUGUCUCUGCCCCUGCCCAUGGACAGCUCCAUGCAUCUGGAGAUCACUGUCAUUAAACUGGACGGCUCCACACCCAUACGCUACGGCCUUAGGUUGAAUAUGGAUGAAAAGUACACAGGGCUGAAGAAACAGCUGAGUGAACUGUGCAGUCUGAAGCCUGAGCAGAUCCUCCUGGCUGAGGUCCACACCUCCAACAUCAAGAACUUUCCUCAGGACAACCAGAAGGUCCGGCUGUCUGUCAACGGCUUCCUGUGUGCUUUUGAGAUCCCGGUUCCGGGUUCACCGACAUCACUGAGCUCACCCACACUAUCAGAUAUCACCCCAAUAGCCAACGGCUCCACUGCUAAUGGGAACCCGGUAAACAAGCCCGUCCUCAUCCCCAACGGUGGGCCCAGCACCAUGGUGCCCUGCAGCCCAGAGACACCCCUGGCCAAUGGGGUCGCCAACGGACACAUCACACCAGUGCAGGAGAGCCCCUUCAUUGGAUACAUCAUUGCCAUGCACAGAAAGAUGAUGCGUACGGAGCUGUACUUCCUGUCAUCCCAGAAGAACCGACCCAGUCUGUUCGGCAUGCCGCUCAUAGUUCCCUGCACUGUCCACACCAGUAAGAAGGAUCUGUACGACGCCGUCUGGAUCCAAGUGUCCCGACUGGCCAGCCCACUGCCCCCACAGGAAGCCAGCAACCACGCCCAGGACUGUGAUGACAGUAUGGGCUACCAGUACCCCUUCACUUUACGGGUUGUGGGAAAGGACGGCAACUCAUGUGCCUGGUGUCCCUGGUACAGGUUCUGUCGAGGCUGUACAAUAGAGUGUGCAGAGGACAGAGCGUCUGUAGGAAAUGCUUAUAUAGCUGUGGACUGGGACCCCACCGCCCUGCACCUCCGCUACCAGACCUCCCAGGAGAGGAUCGUGGAGGAGCACUGCAGUGUGGAGCAGUCCCGUCGGGCCCAGGCUGAGCCCAUCAGCCUGGACAGCUGUCUGAAGGCCUUCACCAGCGAGGAAGAGCUGGGCGAGGAUGAGCUCUACUACUGUUCCAAGUGCAAGACUCACCGACUGGCUACCAAGAAGCUGGACCUCUGGAGGCUGCCACCCGUUCUGAUUGUCCACCUGAAGCGCUUCCAGUUUGUGAACGGCCGCUGGAUCAAGUCGCAAAAGAUUGUUAAGUUCCCGCGGGAAAAUUUUGACCCCAGCGCCUUCCUGGCUCCCAGAGACCUGGAGCAGCACUGCCUCCACUCCCGCAGCGAGAGCGAGGAUCUGCUGAGGGUUGGAGAAGACAACCUGUCCUCUAUCUCUGCCCCCGCCGGCUUCUGCAAUCUCCCCAAAGCCUCCCCCGCCUCUGGCAGGAAGUCGGCGCCUUCUCUCAGCCGGACCGGCAGCCCCUCCGGCAGCCCUAAGACCAGCAGCGGAGGGCGCAGACCAGGCCGGCUACGCCUGCCCCAGCUGGGAAGCAGAAACCGCCUCUCCAACAGCAAGGAGAACCUGGAUGGAGCAGCUAAUCCUGAGGCCGAGCCACGGGACGGUGCACCGCAGGCGGACACAGAGGGGAACGAGGCAGGAUCAGAAGAGCCGAUAGUGUCGGAAUUGUCGCUCAGCACUGAGGCGUCCAGCAGCCACUGUGACGUGGUACUGGUGAACGGUGACAGCAACGGGCUGAGCUCAGACUGCAGCACAGAGAGUAGCAUGGACCCUGAUAAUUCACUGCUACAGCACAGAGACAACAUGUGUCUGGACGCCAUCUACAACCUCUAUGCAAUAUCAUGCCAUUCAGGAAUCAUGGGAGGAGGCCACUAUGUGACAUAUGCCAAAAACCCCAAUGAGAAAUGGUACUGUUACAAUGACAGCAGCUGUAAGGAAGUGCACUCUGAGGAGAUCGACACCGACUCGGCCUACAUCCUCUUCUACGAGCAGCAGGGAGUCGACUACUCCCAGUUCCUGCCAAAGAUCGACGGCAAGAAGAUGGCCGACACCAGUAGCAUGGAUGAAGACUUUGAGUCCGACUACAAGAAAUACUGUGUCCUCCAGUGAUGGCACCUCGUCUUCCAUCAGCCAGCACUACAACCUGCUGCUCUGAGCAGGAAGCACCAGACGUUCAGAUCGUUCUGAAGAAUUCUCACAAACUGCUAAUGACUAGAGUCAGACUGUGCUCUCUGUCUUGCGUCGCAGCACUUUCUACACUUGAUCGCAAACAUGGAUUAGUGCAAAGGUUUGCCAGGACAACGAUGAAGCCCUGGUGAAAAGCACUAAACUGGUGCACUUUGCUGAGCCUAAUGAAACAACCCCCCCACCCCCACCCCCCCACCCCUUCAUGUGAACAACCCUCGCCAUAACACACAUGUAACAUAUACUUGCAUACUAACGCAUUUCUGAAUGUAUGCCAGUACGGCCAAGUCAUGAAGUGAUGUUGCUUUGUUAUUGCGCAUUUAUCACUUGUGAUGUCAGAACGAAAAAACAACAUUUACACCUGGAGUGGUCAUGUGAUCUGAGCCUGGAUGUCUGACCCGAAGAAGGAAAACACUGAGACCACAGAAUGAACUCCAGGUGUAAAUGCAAGGCCAAUGAUUGGAUACUGAUUGAGUUUUAAAUGCCAAGUGUUAAUGGAGCCCAACAGUUAAAGAGCCUGUUUGUGUCAUAUUUGAUGCCACGGGUCAACAUGAUGUUGAAAUUUGGUAUCUAGUAUAUCGGAUACCGUGACAAAAAAAGGUUGUCAAAAGAUUUUAUUAGCGAUAGUGUCACUAGGGAAAACGUUAGUCAUAUGCUACCUCAUCGCUUCACGCAGUCUGUCAGCCAACUCUACCCUAAAAGUCUGUGUCAGUAUUAAUAAUAAUAAUUAAAAAUGCUUCCUUCCAGUGUAGGAGUCGUGGUACACACAUUUCAGGAAACUUCCCCCCCAAAAAAUGUUUCCACGCCUUUUGUAGGACACUCACACAGGUCCCGAUGUGGACAGGAAAUUAGGCAUUUUUGCCCAAACUGUGUUUCAUCCCACAGCUGCCAAAUAUCAGUGGUGAUUUGUGCAAUGUUGGCCUGUGUGUACUCAUAACUUCUGGGAAAGCUUCAGUGAGUCUUUGGUUUGUUUAGGACAGGUGCCAUGAUUUCAACAAAGAGACGCUUAAAGAAUAAUACAGUAUAUGUUUUUUUUUUUGUUUUUUUUCCCGCAAAUGCGUUGUUUUAUAACAUUUUAUUGUUGUGAUUUUUUUUUUUUUGAUUUUUAUUUUCUGAAGGCAGGUUUCAGGAGCCACUUCAGGUCAGGAAUGGAUAUUUAUCUCAAAGCUUGUCCUGUCACCUGCUGCAAUUCUCAGCUGUUGUGAUUCAAACUCAACUGUUAAUACUGAUGUUCACACCCUCCCCAAUAAGAAACCAGAAAAAGUUGGAACAUUAGGGAUUACAAAAUGAUUUUACCUGUCCUUUUAACAUUGUUAUUUAAAGAGUAACUUAAAAGAGUACUCCACUGAUUUAGCAUUGCACUUUUAUCACACUGUCAGACACACAAUGGACAGUCCAACAAAAAAAGGCAUCAAAUUUGAUGCAGCAGAACCAGAGAUAUUGUCUUUUUUUAUUCCACACAUUAUUCUUCUUCAUCAAAACCUGGCGCCUACAUUACCCACAUUGCAACUUGAAUUGAGGACAUUAAUCUUCACUUCACACAUCUCCCUCUGGAGACACACAAGAUUUAACCACACCCAGCAGUGAUGUCACAGUGUCCUGGAGUACACCUGUACAUCAUUGCAGCAAGCUGAUAGGUGAAACUACUGACAGUCAGCGAAAACCAGAUUUUCAGGGGGCAUUAAGUUACUCUUUAAAGGUCUAUCAUAACACAUCUUUACGUUACCGUAAAUAAAGCGCUGACAUGCACCUUGUGGUGAAUGUUACGAGGACCCCCUGCUAAAUGUCUGCAGAAGCCUCAGUAACACUUGAUUUUACAGGUCUUAAAGCUGGAUUACCAGGUCCCAGACUCUCAGGCUCCACAGCUAGUUUAACAAAUUGCCAAUGGGUUUGGUAAUAUGGACCGUCCUUCAGUUAUACCAAAUAUUAAGGCCCUGUAUUAUUACGGGGCCUUGUGACUAAAUCUGGUUUUAGUGCUUUUAGUAUUUCACUUGAUAUUGUACUUAUAUGGUGCAUAUUCCUAAAUAAAUGAAUGUUAGAUUAAUUAACAAUAAACUAACUGCUAAAUAUAACAUUGUAUCCCAUGGGUUGGGGCCCACAGCUCCAUUUAGGCCCUGGGGCCCCCUAGUGGAUUAAUAGACCCAGCAAUGGAAGUAAUGUGCAACCACAAAGUCAUUAAAGCCAUUUCUAGAAAGAAUAGUGUAAUUCUGUAGCAGUUACAGAGCGAAUGGAGCCAGUGUUGGUACGUGUCCAACUAAUUAAUUCCAGUUACUUGCUAGUGUAAUUUGGCAACAUGCACACAUUUCAAGAUGUGUUUCCAAUAUUAAAUUGAUAAUGCAUGAAUAAUGAUCUAUUAUUUAAGUUAGAUUUGGACUGUUUUAUAGAAAUUUCUCUGUAAAUAAACAAAUGCUAUAAAACUCUACAGUUCAGGCCUGUACUAUAAAGUGUUACCAAAGCUUCUGCCCACAUAAAUAGACCCUCUGAUAUCAGAUGCUUUAAGUCUCUUCUGUUGAGAGCUACAGUAUGUGUCUGGACUGUUGUCAGAUCUGUAAAUCUUCACUACAUCACUGGACCCAACAUUUAGAUCAUCAUUUGUUUUCCGCGUGCCGAGUCUAAAUAUUGGUUUCAUGUCGAUUCUGAAUUGUGUUUCUCAUUUUAUCCGACGGUUUGGCUACUUGAUGUGACUGUUGAGGUUAGUUUGAAAAGAACAAACCCGUGUUUUGCUGUGGAGUCCAGCAGCAGAGCUUCGUGUCUGGUGUGUAGCAGCACGCGUGGAGCUCCUCGUGCGCGGGGCUCGGUCUAAUCACUGUGAACAGACAGCAGACGGUUCCCCACGAUUCCCCCACUCUGUCUUCUACACGACAGGAGAUGAAUCUCUGUGCUCACCCCCUUUUUAGCUGCUGUAUUUAUGAGGAGAAGGCGUCAUUAUGGAUGUAUUUGUCACUGAAUGAAAGUUUAUUUUCCUUUGCAGAGUACGUUUGUUGAACAAAUGGAAAUGUACACGAGUGCUAUUUAUGUUUGCUUGCUCAGCUCUUUCUUUUCCUCCACCCUCCUGCCAUUGCACCGAGUUGUAGACGAUGUCCCGUUUGUGUCCGUGUUUGAAACGUCUUGACAUGGAUCAAAGGGAAAGUUUUCCUAAGGAUUUGUCUCUUGAGAACCCACUUUGUAAUGUUUGCUUCAUGUAAAGGUGCAAUAGCUGUCAACUUUCUUUUUUUUUUUUUUUUUUGGCUGUGAAUGUCCCUGAAAUGACUACUUGUGUGAUGCUAAGCUUGCCGCACCUGUAGCUUAAACUGUACAAGAAAAAUACCAGUUAAAGUUGGGGUUAAUUUCAGCACAAUUUUCGUAAUCCAGGAACAAAGAUUUUCUGCCCAAAAGAACCGAACUUUGGCGCUGAAAUUGGGCAAACACAAUCCCUUGAACCACAGGGAUAAUAUCGUAAGUCCCUCCCUCUCCCCAGAAGCCCCGCCUACUGCCCCCACCCCCUGAAGAAUAGAGUGUUGGCAGGCAGUGCAAUCUACUACUGAGCUGUCUGUCGCUGUCUGUAGCCUCUUUUUAUUUAAGUUCAUUUCUGUCAGAUCUGAACCAGAGUUGUUAAUUUAAAGAACUUUUUUUUGUAACGUGUUUGUUGAAAGAGAGUGACAUUGCACUGACAUGAAAACAUGUACAUAAAAAAAAAUGUGUUUUGUAAAUAAGCCAAUGAAAACUAUGUAUUUGAAUAUGAACUGUACAAAAUACUGUACUUGUAGUUGUAUAUGGAGUGAUACUGUUGAUCUGUAACAAAAUACCCAAGCAACAAAUUAAAUUCUGCAGAGGAAAUGA